AUGGAUGUACGAGACACGCUCAAAUUUCUUACCAUGACUAUGACGAUGACUGCUGGAGUGUUAUAUUCUUAUGGACUUUUCAAGAUACCUUGGAUUGGAUCAAACAAAAACCAAGCCGCUGACAUUAUUUCGAAGGUUGGAGACAAUAGAACCGAUGGAGGUACAGCAAAAAUUUUAUUAUUUUAUCCAAAUGAUACGUGUUCAAAGGCUGAGGUGGUGGUAUAUGAUAGAAGUAAGGCGGCGUGUAUAAAACAUCCUCCACACCGGAUGCUAUGGGCGUCCCGCGUGAAGGCACCAUGGAACGCACUGUCCCAUACAAACUCCUGUUACGCCUUUGAUUGCCAUACAUAUUGA